CUGCCUCUGCUGCUCUCCCGCCGUGCCCUCCUCCCCUCCCCACUCUACCCCAGGAGUUGCGCUCCCCCUCCUCCCCGUCCCCUCCUCCCUCGGCUUCAAGGCUCUGCAGGAUGAUGGACAGCUGAGGAUCCGCGGCUCCCGCGAGCCGUGCGAGCAAGCCGACCGGAGCAAACAAUCCCACUACUUCCAGUGAAGGAAGGGCAGCUUUUGCCGCGGCGGGAGCACUUCAGCCUUUUGCGGGGGGAGGCAGAGAGUCACAGCCGAGGGAGGAGUUGAGCCACCCCGCGAGGUACCUUCCCUGGCACUUUUUUUUUUUAGUGGUCUUUCUGAAGCCUGCUUCGCUGUUGUUGUCGCCGCCGUUGCAGGGAGAGGCAAAGAGCUUUGGAGCAAAGAGGCAUCGGGGCUUGGAAGAAGGAGAGAGGCUGUCGAGGGGGAGUCUUUGGCCGCCCCUCUCGCCCCCGACCACUUUAGGAGCAAGGGCCCACUCUGCAGGCGGAACCCGCUGGUUCUCCUUGGUGCGUCUCUGCCCGUGACAGCCGCCACAAAAAUCUCGCUCCGCUGUUUUUCGUUGGAGCCAGCUUCCUUCACUUCCCCCCAUUCACCCCCUCUUCGCCCCGCCCUCUGCCGCCGCCGCUCCUCGGAUACUGGGAUACGUAUGCAAGGCUCGGCUUUCCACCAUCCAGCGUUUGCUUGGAGGGGAUCCUUUCUCCCUCCAGAAAGGAGGUUCCUCCUCUUUCUCCGCAGUCAACUCCAGCAGCAUGUAAAAGGAAGCGCCAGCAACGGCUUCUUUCUGUUGAGACGCGGCCCCUUCCGUCCCCAACGGUAACACAGGUUGUGAGGAGAAGUCCCUGCUUCCUCCAGAGGAGUGAUGCUAAUCAGAGAAGUUUUGCUGCUCCUUCAAUGCUGCUGGCCUUCCCUGCUGCUGCCCUGGACCCUCCAUCCCAUCUGGGGCUUCAUUCAGAUCACUCAGGGUGAACCCCAGAAAACAUGUUCCAAGCCUGUAGCAGAGAAGGUGACAGACAGUUGCCAACAGAUCUGCCAAUGUAGACCACCUCCAUUACCACCACCACCUCCUCCUCCACCACCGCCAAGGUUGCUUGGGGUUUCAUCUCCCACGGUUCCCAUUUGCCCUGCUAGAGAGACGUGGUGGCCAGGCCCAGUGAUAAUUAUUGCAGCAUGCUGUACCAUACCAGUGUUCCUCUUUCUAGUUUUCAUCAUUUGCUACAAAGCCAUAAAAAGGAAACCACUGAGAAAAGAAGAGAACGGAACAAGUCAAGCUGAAUAUGCAAUGACCUCUUCCCAAAACAACAGGACAGUUGAUGCUAACAAUGCAGUGGUAUAAUUUCUGAGACCUCCCCUUGAGUAGCAAACAUUAAAAAGCACACACGGCGUAUGCAAGGUGGGUGACAUGCAGCAAUGAGGGAAGCCCUGUGGCUGAGGACUUCAUUUGAGAAAUAGUGCACGCACCAGUUAUUCCAAGAAGAGAAGCAGACGACUCCUGUUUGGCUACUUGAGUGUCACGAAGGGACGGAUAAGCUUGCCUGUUGGGGCUACUCUGAGAAAAGACCUCACAAAGGCAUACUCACUGCAUGCCACAUUAGUUAAAAACAACAUCACGAUGCCCCUAGCUGCUUCCUUUUGUUCCGUUCCAUUCCAUUCCUCCUUAUUUUUGAAUGAAAGUUCAUUUAAAAAAAACCUUCAGUAGGAUCCUUUGAUGGCAAAGGUGAUCUGUCCACGGCAACAACCUAUAGUAAUUGGGUCUGAAAACUCAAGCUUUACCUGCAUGGCUUUGCAUUUUACUUUAUUGCUUAGUGCUCACCACCACCACCCAUUCUGAAUUGUGAUUGCAUUGUUAAAGUGGGAGAGUUUCCAUUGAUCCCCCCGCAAGGCAAACUCUCAGCAUAUUGCAUGAUGUCAUGAAAUGCACACCUACUUCUACAGCCUGGUGACUAUGCAGUUUCCACAGCUGGAGACUUUUCAGACAGAAAGUAGUCACAGUACGAUCCGUAGCACUUAGCAUUGCUAAUCAAAGAGAAAAUUAUUCUAGGUAAUAACAUUCAAAGGUGCUUUGAAUACUGUUUAACCCACAAUCAGUCUUAUUUUCCGUUUUGUUACCAUGUGGCAUUUUUGCCUAGGUUUAAGAAGUUCCAAAUUUGUGUUGCUCAGUUAACAAUUUUGCACAAUUUUGCACAUAUAUUUACAUCACACAGACCUGUAGGCAGGAUCUCUCUCUAGAAUGGCUUUAAAAAGAUUCAGGUUUGAAUGUGGAAGGAGACUGACUACAAUGAAAACUGAAGUCCUCCUUGCCCUCCUUGUAAGCUCAGAUUUUGUGUUUCCUGAGCCACUCCUCCAAGGGACUUCUGAAUAAAGGACUCUCUGCUUUAGGGAGAAAGCUGUGAAUGCUCAGUCCUCUCUCUUGACAAGGGACUGCCAACUGUGCCAAAUUAUAUGUGAUAGCUCUGUGUUGUCCCAGUUUGUGAUAAGGACUGCAAAUGACUUAGAAGCCAAAUCUGUCAAACCCAUUUACCUUAUUAGGUUUAGUCACUUUAAUUUCUUAAAAGAAAAAAGUCAGUGUUCAGAAACUGGUAUCUGCCCACAUCUGGAUUAAGAAGGUAACCUCCCGCCUCAUGUCUGUAUUUCCUCUCUUAUGCCUUCAUUUGUCUCUGUUCCAAGAGCCGCAUCAGCAAAAACCAAAAUGUGCCACACUCUGGCUUCUUGUCUUGCUGUCAAGCAUCAGUGAUACUCUGUCUUUGUGUCUUCAAGCAAUCCAAACCAAACCGCCGUAGCACCGUUUGAAUAGAAUCACUGCAUUUUGUCAAUGCAGCCCAUUAGUGCUGGGAAACUAGUGUCCCGGCUCAUUUAAUCCAAGGAUGGGCCUAGUCUAAACCUAUGUCAAGACUCCAAAGAGUUAAACCCCAGUCCAAAGCCCCAUAUCUGUACCAGUGUUUACGUAGACUUCCUGGGAGUGCAGGCUGCCAUUCGUGUCAACACUGGAGUUAUAGGGAAAUUCUUAUUAGCAGAUACGGAGGAUGUCUUGUGUGCUGGAUCACCACCACCACCAUCAUCCCCAGCAAGGUCACUGGAUCAUGGUGUCAAAGUCAAUUGUAAAAGAUAAUAUCCAACUAAGCCAUACCUACAAUGAAAAAAUGAAAUGGACUGCCUUCAAGUCGGUUCCGACUUAUGGCGACCCUAUGAAUAGGGUUUUCAUGGUAAGCAGUAUUCAGAGGGGGUUUACCAUUGCCUUCCUCUGAGGUUGAGAGGUAGUGACUGGCCCAAGGUCACCCAGUGAGCUUCAUGGCUGUGUGGGGAUUCAAAUCCUGGUCUCCCAACACCUUAACCACUACACCACACUGUAGAGGUCCAACACCUUAACCACUACACCACAUUGUAGAGCCAUUAAAAUGAAUGAGCUUAAACUAUUCCCUUGAUUUCAGUGGGUCUGCUCUGAGUAUGACUAACAUUGGCUAUUAACCCGAGUGUUCAGUAGUCAGCCCAUAAAUUCAAUAGGAAGGAUCUGUGAUAUCUGGAGUCUUAAGGGUCUGGUCAACCAGUAUUUUUCUAAGGAAGACUCUGUAAUGGCAGAGCAGGUGUUGGGCCCAAAUAUGUCCAUGCCACAUACAUCUCUAUGUGGGGUGUCUCUCGUGUAAUGAGCUGCUUCUCAGUAUCUUUCUUAAAAGAUGAAAGGCAAUGGGGAAAGAGUGCACACGAAAGCCCAAGACUAACCCCAUUGUUGCCUCAUAGAAUUCCUCUAUUGAAAAGUAGCCUAGGGAUGGGGGAGAAAUUCAAUUGCGGUUGCAUUUAAAGCCUGAUUGACCAAAUUCUCACUUUUUGAAACAAUAUGAGAACUGACACACAAAUUCAAACUUCUCUGAAUUUUGUGAUGCAUUUCUCCAGCUAAAUAAUGUUUACAAGAAUGCAUAGAUAUUAAGGGAACAUGUGUCUAAAAAUGAAUAUAUCAGUGAAAAUAAUGUAUAAAAUGCAUUUUAGGAUAAAUUGCUUGCAAAAAUAUGUACCUUAGUCAAACCUGCAGACAAGCAUGUAUUUAUUAGGAAACAUUCACACUAAAAUGCUGAAGAAUUUUCAUGAUUUUUUUUUUAAAUUGCAAAUUGUUGCAGAAACCUGAACUCCUGAAUUUAAGAUUGGAAAAAUGAAAAAUGAAGAGACCCAAAAUUGACAAAUCCUUCUACCGAACAGGCCAUUAGAUCCAUCCUCCAUGAAAUACCUGAGAGGUUCAUGUUUGGAAUUAGUGUUUUUAUAAAAAUCCAUUUUAUGUUUCUAACUCAUGGCAGGGUUAUGUGUAGAUUUAUGUGCUCUCUAACAGGGAAAACAGAAAAAACUGCUAUUUACCCUUACGAAAGAAGUCCAUUGAGAUUUAUCCACUUACCUGUCUGACCUUUCUUCCCUGUCUAAAAAUAUAGCUAGAAAGGAUUUUAUUUUUACAUCCUUUUAAACAUCAAGACUUGCUGAAGGUAGAAUGAAAAAAUGUGACGCUCCAUGCUCCUUCUGGUUAGUUUGGUACACCUGCCUAGCUGAAAGAAAUUGUGUUCAUGAAGCACAGCGUUGCUCAAAAUCAGUUGCUGGGUUUUGGUGGUGGUGUUUUUUGACAUAAGGUUGUUUUGAUCAACAUGUUAAAAAUGGAAUCCACUGUCCCUUAAUAUUUGUAAUUGCACUUUUCCUUUAAUGCUGUUAUGGAUAUUCUCUGGGCUGGUUUGCUUUUCCUACGCUGCAAUGCUGUUUUUGGUAUAGUCAGUUCUCCCAGAUCCUUUCUGUUUUAUUGGUCCAUAGAUAUGACAUAGUGCAAAUAUUGCUAUGAUAUGCUUUAUAUGUACACAUGCUGCAAACACAACCAAUCAUUUUAAAGGGAUCUGCUGGUUACUGUAUUAGGUCACUCUGGAGAAUUAGGGGCAGCAAAUUCCAUCCAGGAGGUCAUGUCUGUCCCUGUUAACAGCUCUGCAGCAGCAAAAGGCAAUGCUGCCAUGCAGAACUGGGAGAAUACCCCUCCCCCUUUAAAGUGGAGCAAAUAGGACUCUUCUGUUUCUCCAUAGCUGGCAAUGGGGGGAGGCGGAGAAAAAGAAUAAGUUGUGGCUGCAUUCCCAUUCAGGCAAUAGUACUGUUAUAUGAGCAUAGGACGCUGCCUUGAAAUGAGGACUUACUGGUCUAUAACAACGAUCAAGAAAUAACCAGCACUAAAGAUGGCUUUAGCAUCAGCAACAGUUGACCAUAAGCUAAUAUCUAGGAGGUGAAGUACAAAAGAUGUUAAUCAAGUGGUUUGCCCAUGAGUGCCCACUUUUUCUUUCAGAAAUAGCCAGCACUGGGGUCCAAUUUGGACUGGGACCCUGUCAUGGAGGCAGGGUUUUUAGUAGUGGUCAGAUUCCUUGCAAGUCUUUUUUAACUCUGUAUGCCUCUGAACUGAUGCUCUUACAAGUUAGCCCUUACUAAAGCACCUUGAAUUCCACAUCAGGAUAUUAUUUGCAAAUAGAUUAUAUUCUAUUGUUACUGUCAAGAAUUGUAUCAUUCAGAUAUUUAUGAAGAGUAGUAAGCUGUUGUGUUGUAGCCUAUAAAAAUUCUUACUAUUUGCAUUAUUGUCCUCUUUAAUCACAGUGUUUAUAAAGAACUUCUUAGCAUAUUCUAUACAUGUGAAUGAGCAGCUCUGAAUCGUUAAAAAAUAUAUUUCAAUUUUACUUUUGUUUCUCAAAACAAACCUCAGCGAAAUUGUAUACAGUCAGAACAUGGGUCCUGUCUUUACUUUGCCAGGGAGUGAGAAGAGGGUGCUUCUGGAAUGUGUAGAAGUUUCUAUUUUUGCUAAUAUUUGGCCUCUCUCAGAAGCAGUUUUGCAAAAAUGUAUCUUAAAGUAAAGGGGUGCUUAGCCUGUAGCCUGCCAGAUGCUAUUGGAUGACAUCUUCCAUCAUCCCUGACCAUUGGCCAUGCUGGCUAGAACUGAUGGUUGCUGAAGUCCAACAACAUCUGGAGGGCCACAAGUUCCUUGUUCUUGUUAUAUCAUGUUCUGAUGUGCAGGCACAGUAGCUCAUAGGAUCAGUCAAGAUGAGAAUCCCAUCAUAAACGAGAAUGGCAUGUACUAUUGGUUCUGCUGAUGGUUGACCCUAGGGAUGCCUGCGGAAUUCUAUACAAAGUGUGACCUGAUCCACAUUUGUGUGGAUUGGAACUUAGCUCUCCAUCAGAUUUUGCAUCUCUCUGAAUGUGGUGACACAAUUCUUGGCAAUUCAAACACAUCAAAAUACACAAUUAUAAUUUAAGAAAAAUACAUAUUUAUAUAUGUAUUUUCAGAUGGUUUUUUUUAAAAAAAAAACACAGAUUAAUGCAAAAACAUAACAGAAGGCAAAGCUGAAUUCUCAAAGAAGACCUGUUGUAAUCCAUGGGCAUGACUAACUUAAGUCUGAUCAUUUCAGUGGGUCUAUUCCAAGAAUGACUUUGCUGGAUACAACUCAUAAGUUUUGGUAAAAACAUGCAAAAGUAACACAAGAAAUAAAUUCAUUCAUUGCUAGUCAAACAGAACCAUAGCACUAGGCACAGUUUCUAGUGGCUUAUUUCUUAACCUUAGAGCAGAUUUGGGAAAACCGGAAGCCCUCCAGAUGUUGUUGACUUCUACUCCCAUCAGCCAAUGGUCAGGAUUGAUGAGAGCUGGAGUCCAGCAAUACCUGAAGGACCAAAGGUUAGCCACCCCUUCUUUAGGGAUCUCCCUCUAACAUAAGCACAACAAUGUUGGGUUUUGCCUAACACUAAGGGAAAUGUCAUGGUGAAUGAUGGGCAGAAUUUCAAGGCUCUUCUCCAUGCAAUGCCAUUUUGGCGGAAGCAACGUGAAGCAGUGUCAUUAUACUUCAAGCAGGCCAGGCUUUUGUAAAACACAUGAAGUAUACAAGGAAGCACACAUAAAAGGCAGUGUUCAAGUGUGAUCAAAACAUUCAGAGGAACAUGGCAGAGCCCUGAGACUUAAAGGUGGAGGUGGAGGGACACAUGUCUACAUGAACCCCUCCCCCCCCCAAAAAAAACCCCACUGUAACAUGAAAAAAGCUAGCUUUGCAGAUUGGCUCCCUGACAUUUACAUAGUGUUCAGAGAUCUGGUUUUAUUUUUUACAGCGAGGAGUAAAAUCACACACUUCCCACACCAGCAAGGCAAGUUAUGGGCAAGUUAAGUGAUGCCUUCAAGAGCUGACCUCUGCAGCUUGCAAUAUAACUAGUCUUUUUGUUUGAAACCACACCAUUUGGUCGCAAAGCUUCCAUAAAAACUUGGAAAGCUUUCCAUGAAAUACCAGCGAAAUAUACAAGUCCUGACAGAUAAAAGCUUCUUUACAAUGGGGACCUAUUACACUGAAAAGAAAGCAAUUUAUGUGAUUUAAAUUUAAUGUUUUUUUCUCCAAAACUAGAUGCUGAUACCUAGGGAGCAUGUAGUGAGCAAGCUUUUCAGUUGGGUAUAUCCUAGCAUUGCUCUACCUAAGUCCAGCUGAUUGUGUGCCACAAUUUGACCCAAAGAACUAAGGUUUCCAUGUUUUACAACUUCUUUACUAUGAUAAAAAGAUUUAUGGCAUAGAUAUACAUAGAGGGCAUGGUCCAGCCAAAGUCAAGCACUUUGAAUCCCAUUUAUGUCAGUGGAUGAAUAGAACAAAGCAUGUUUUUAAACAAAUCUUCUCUUGAAAUGGGGCUUAACAGUGCUUAAAUUUGUCUGGGUGUUAGCCAUAUAUUAUAUAAACAUGGACCUGAAUCUCCAUUGCCUCACACUUUGCAAUUCAGUUUGCACCAUGCAAGAUGGAUAUAAAUCUGUCCUGAUACCCAUUUUGUACUUGCUCUGCACAGAUAUAUACAAUAACUCAUAGUCCAAGGCAAUGGAGAAUCAUGACUGUUAUAAAUUUUUAUAUAUUCUUUACAACCCUCCCUGCAUCUCUGCAAACAAACUAAAAUAUAUGAUUUUUAAACUGCAAAGAUAGUGUGUUAAAAGCUAAUGCAUGAAUGUAAAUACUCUUAAGGUCUGCCUUCUUAACUGUAUACCAUGUGUACAGAUUAAACAGCUGUUGUUCAUGGGAAAUCUGUACCCUUGGUUAAUUGACUAAAGAGAAUGGCCAUGAUCCAGAGAAUUUCUUUAGAAAAACACACACAUACAAGCACCUCAUGCAUUCACCAAGGUAGAUGCUUUGGGGAGGGGAAGCUCAGAAAUCACACUGUGCGCAUAGAGCUCAUUGGAUCAUGGCCAAAAUCAAUUUCAGAGUUAAUGUUAUCAUGUUUCUAAGACAAGCCAUUAAAGUAUAGUUAACAUUUAAGAAUAUGAUCUGUACCAAAAAAAAGCCCAAAUCUGUGUUACAUAUACAUCUUGUGCAGUACCCUAUUUAAAAAGGCACCGUAACUAAUUUUUAUUUUAAAU